UACUUGACACCUCUUGUCCUCCUCUGCGGAUGCCACUAGACCCACAUGUCUCCAGCCCCCGUGACUUGAGCCAGGGCCUGACACUUACCCCCAAGAGCAGGGGGGUGUGGAAGUGGGGGGACCGUGCUGCCUUCAAAUACGCUGAACAGGGGGCUUUCCCUGGCUCCGUCAUCCCCAGACGGAGAGCAGCCACAAGACUUGCUGGGACCUGUGCUGACUCUUGCCGCACAAGAUGACAGCAAGAGACGGGCCCCAAGAUAGGUACAAGGCUGUCUGGCUGAUCUUCUUCAUCCUUGGUCUGGGAACGCUGCUGCCAUGGAAUUUCUUCAUGACCGCCAGGGAGUAUUUCAUCAGCCGCCUCGCAGACCCGGAGGAGAUGAGCAGCUUCUGGAACCAGACCAGUGAGGCUGCCUUGUCCCCCUCCUACCUGCAGUCCAUGUUUGAUAACUUCAUGACUCUCUGCGCCAUGGUGCCCCUCCUCAUCUUCACCUGCCUCAACUCCUUCAUCCAUCAGCGGAUUCCCCAGCAGAUCCGCAUCUUGGGCAGCCUGGUGGCCAUUGGGCUGGUGUUUUUAGUUACUGCGAUUAUGGUGAAGGUCGCCAUGAAGCCUCUUCCCUUCUUCGUGUUUACCAUGAUCAGCAUCAUCCUCAUCAACUCCUUUGGCGCCAUCCUCCAAAGCAGCCUCUUUGGGCUGGCAGGGCUCCUGCCUGCCAGCUACACAGCUCCCGUCAUGAGUGGGCAGGGCUUGGCAGGCACCUUUGCCGCUUUGGCAAUGAUCUUCAGUAUUGCCAUUGGCGCCCAGCAACCUGAGAGCUUCAUCGGUUACUUCACCACGGCCUGUGUGGCGAUCAUGCUGGCAAUCUUCUCCUACAUCCUUCUGCCUCGCAUGGAUUUCUUCCGAUACUACUCCAUGAAGGACAAGACAGAGUACCGUGUGUACAAUGCAGAGCUGGAGACCAAGAGAGACCUGAUUAAGAAAGAUGAGCCCAAUGGGAUGGAGCAGAAUAACUCAAAGAUCAUCCCUAUCCACAACCCUGAUGAGAAGCCCUCAGUCAUUGCUAUUUUUAAGAAGCUCUGGGUCAUGGCUGUGUCUGUCUGCUUUGUCUUCACUGUCACCAUCAGCGUCUUUCCUUCCAUCACAGCUAAGGCGUCCACUGUCCUCGGAGAAGGAAACAGAUGGGGUCUCUACUUCAUCCCUGUCUCCUGCUUCCUCCUCUUUAAUAUCUUUGACUGGACGGGACGGAGUCUCACUGCUCUCUUCACAUGGCCUGGGAAGGACAGCUGCCUCCUGCCAGUGAUGGUGGCCCUCCGUGUUAUAUUUAUCCCUCUUUUCAUGCUGUGCAACGUGCACCCCCGUGACUACCUGCCUGUCAUAUUCUCUCAUGACGCCUGGUUCAUCAUCUUUAUGAUCUUCUUCUCCAUCUCCAAUGGUUACCUGGCCAGCCUUUGCAUGUGCUUCGGGCCCAAGAAAGUGCUUGCCCAAGAAGCAGAGACAGCUGGAGCCAUCAUGGCCUUUUUCCUGUCGCUCGGCUUGGCCCUAGGAGCUGCUGUCUCCUUUCUGUUCCGAAUUCUCAUCUAGCAGAGGCACCUGGAGGGUGCAGGAACACCGAGAGAUGGCUCUACAUCCUCCUCCAAGGCCCUGGACACCUUGGCGCUGUGGGGAGAUGA